AUGAAGUUCUGGAACUGCCGCGCUAUGGCAUUGAUGAUCCUUCUCGUCGCCUCUCCCGACGCCGUUGUCGCAGAAAAAGAGACCGGCGUGACGGCCCGUCAUAUGCUGGCGAUGGGUGACGAAUCGGCCAUGUUCGCGCGCGGGUUGCUACGUCGAGGCACCGAGUCCAACUGA